AUGACGUCACCAUCGGAUACACUUACUUCAAAAGAUGUUAGAGAGUUACUUUCUAACAAAUAUAUUCUAAUUCUUGGUGAUUCAGUCGUUAGAGGUUUAUAUAAAGAUCUACUUAAAUUUUCAAAUGUGGAUGAUUUCCUUACUGAAGAAGAACUUCGUGUUAAAGGUGAAAAGCGUUUUUAUGGUGAUCGAUUAAUCACCGGUGGCAUUCAAAAAGGUCUUACGAAUGGAAUCGAUUAUGAAGAAGUUCGUGAACAUACAGCCGGUGGUGCACGUCGUAUUCGAUUUUAUUUUCUAACAAGAUGUUAUUCAUCGUAUAUGAAGAAUGUUAUAUUUAAUGAUAUUAAAAAUCAAGCAAUUAAACCAGAUAUAAUUAUAAUGAAUAGUUGUUUAUGGGAUAUAUCUCGUUAUGGCAUUCAUUCAAUGAGAUCAUAUCAACGAAACAUUGAUCGUAUAAUGGGUUCAUUUCGUCAAAUGUUACCUGAUGCACUUUUUCUAUGGCUUUCAGCAUUACCUGUUUCAAAUACAUCGAAUGGAGGUGUCAUCAUCUCAAGUGCUGAAUAUAUACGACCCAUUCUACCAGGUCUUAUUCGCGAUGGAAAUUAUCAUUGUUCUCAAAUGUGUAAUAUUCAUCAUGUUCUUUAUGUUGAUGUUCAUACUAUCUUUUCAAAAAUGUUACAUCUUCGUCAAUUAGAUGGCAUACAUUGGUGUGCAAUCGGUAAUCGUAUAAUAAAUGAAAUUAUAUUAAAUUAUAUAAAAGCUUAUUAUCAUGGUGUUAAAAGUUUUCAAUGUCUUCGAUUACGUGCAGAAUUAGGAAAUAAAAUAAAUACAUUUAAACAACGUAUGAAAGAUCAUAAUAAUCAUUCGAAAAUUAAUUAUCUUGAUCAAGAUAUAUCUGAUGAUGAAAAUGAAGAAGAUAAAAUAGCAAAAACAUCAAAGAAAAUAAAUAAUGAUAAUAUUAAUAGUAAUUCAUCAAAAUUAAAACGUAAACGAAAUAAUAGUAAUGAUGAAAAAGAAAAUCAUCAAUCUCAUCGUAAAGUUAUUAUAAAAUCACCAAUAAUUAAAAAUGAACAGCGAACAAUUAUAAUAAAAACUUCGGUUAAAGAAGUUGAAAUGAAACAACAAAAAUUAAUUAAUAAUCAAACAACUAAAUUUAAUCAUGAAUAUUAUGAUAGUAUGUAUGACAAUGAAUUUGAAGGUCUUCAUCUUUUACAUUUCUCUUCAUGUGAUAUCGAACCCUCAGAAGAUAUCAAAGAUCUUCUAUUAUCAAAUAAUAUUAUUCAAACUGACAAUCAACAAGUAACAACUGAUCAUCUUCAAGUUGAUAUUAAACCAUCAGAAAGUAUCUUAAAAUCAAUGUCAUUAGCAAUAUCAGAUGAUGAAAAAAGAUCAAUCGAUGAUGAACCAGAUUAUAUCGUUCUUUCAUCAGAUGAUGAAGAUGAAAAAAUAAUACGUAUUGUUUCUUCAUCACCCACGACUACUGUUUUACCUAUUUAUUUGUUAAAUCGUCUUUUGUAA